CAAUCAAGGCCACUGACUUCAAACAGAGCCGCGCAAGACUUAUUAGCCUUUUAGUUUUUAGUCUUUUUUUUCCCGGGGAUUUUUCGUAUGAAGCAGUUUCCGUCUCGUUUCAGCCACGGACGCGGCGGAAAUGGGAGACGAGGAAAGGCAAAAGAAACUCGAGGCCGGCAAAGCUAAGCUUGCCGAGUACCGCCAGAGAAAAGCGUACGUAGACUUCCAGAAGAAACAGAAAAAGAAGAAGAAAAAGAAGUCAGCUGAGGACUCGGAGGGCGAUUCGCAGGAAAGAGCGGAGGUUGGGUCGGAUCAGACUGUGGGAGGAGAGGAGGUUUUAGGUGUGGGACGAGAUGAAUCACGAGGAAAUGAAGAACUGCCCACCACGGAGUUUACCUUCACCAAAACCCUGAAGAGUGGAGAAACUGUCAGGCAUGACCAGACCUAUAAGAUAGAGCCAGAGAGCGAAGUAUCCACCACGGCUGAAGAUUGUUCCUCUGAGGUAAAUGGGUGCCAUGAGGAGAUGACAGAGAGCCUAAUGAUGUCUUCAAAGGAUUUGAUCUGGGAGGAGCUGGAGCCCCUGCAGCAGAUCACAAAGGGGCGUACGGUACCGGUUAUGGAGGAUGAAUUAGCAGCUCGGACCCAAACYAUGGAAGAGCUGAAUCAAGGGCUGGAGGAAAUAGGGUCUGACUUUGGCACAGAGACGGUACAGCAGCUGCAGGACUUUGAAGCGGCUCUGAAGCAGAGAGAUGGCAUCAUCACCCAGCUCACAUCCAACCUUCAGCAGGCUCGCGAGGAGAAAGACGAGAUCAUGAAAGAGUUUUUAGCGCUGACAGAACAAAGCCAGAAACUGCAAAUUCAGUUCCAGCAGCUGCAGGCAGGCGAGACGUUGAGGAAUACCAGCCACAGCAGCACCGCAGCUGAUCUUCUGCAGGCGAGACAGCAGCUUGUUCAGUACCAGCAGCAGCUGGAGGAGAUGAACAUCGAGGUUGGAAGGCACCAGAAGACGAGCAGUGAGCAGCUGGAGCACAUCAGCCAGCUCCAAUACAAGCUCGUCGAGAUGGAGAUGUCAGGGAGAAGAUCAGAGGAAUCKUUCUUACAAAGGAUAAAUGAAAAGGACUCUCUGAUCGCCGAGCGAGACAAAGCUAUUUUAAGUCGAGAGCAGUCGCUGAGAGCAGCCGAGGAGGCUUUUGCACAAACACUAAAAGAUAAAAACCAGUUAAUUUCAGAACAAACUGCAAUAAUCAAAGAACAUGAGUGGUCGCUGACCCUGYUGAAGGAGGAACUCGCUCUUGCAGGAAGGACUACAGAUGAGCAUAUUAUGCACCACUCAGAUGAUAAAGACCUAGUUUUAGCAGAGAAGGAGAGGGUGAUCUCAGAACAGGACUGUUCCCUCGUCCAGUUAACGGACGAGCUGGAGGCCUCAGAGAAACACCUGCGUGAACUCCAGCACCAGGUGGCUGCAAGGGAGUUGGAGCUUGAAAAAAGCCUGGAUGAGCURGAAAGCCUGAAAUCUGAAAUGGAGAGCUGUAGGUCACAGUUGGCCAAAGAGCAAACGGAGUUAGAAAGCUGUAAGGAAGAACUUGCUGCCUCCAGACAGAAGGAGCGGAUGUCGUCUAAUGAAAUCAUGCAACUUAUGGGUACGGUGGAAAAUCUGCAGAAACGUUGCUACCAGGGCAAUGUGUCGGAAGGUGACAUGGUCCAGAAAAUGCAGGAAGACGCUGCGAGGAAGCUGGAACUUCUCAGGGCAGAGCUGGAUGAAAUGUACGGUCAGCAGAUAGUCCAAAUGAAACAGGAGGUGAAUCUGCAGCAUGCGGCAAGAAUGCAGAGAAUGACGGAGCAACAUCAGGCUGAGAUCGAGCUUCUGAAAGCACAACAGCGUUCAACUGGCGGCACCGGAGAGGUGGAAGCUSUCACGGUUAGGAUAAAGAAGCUACAGGACACUUUAGAGCAGUCUCAAGCAAUGUACGACAAAGCCAGACACGAGCUGAAUCAAGUCAUCCAAGAGAAAUUAAAGCUGCAGGCCAAGGUGGAGGACCUCCUUCGAGACCUCAGUGCCUCCAAGGCAGAAGUAGAGCUGGUCUCUGCCACUUUCAUCUCUAAGGAAAGCAACCAGCAUGAACUCCAGCUGCUCCAGGAAACCAUCGAGGCCCUGAGGACUGAGCUGUCAGCGGCACAAGAAGCUGCAGAAGAAGCAGAAAUCAAACACGAAUCCGAAAUCACCAACUACAAGAUCAAGCUGGAAAUGCUGGAAAGGGAGAAAGACGCCGUUCUGGACCGGAUGGCAGAGUCCCAGGAAGCAGAGCUGGAGCGACUGAGGACUCAGCUUCUGUUUAGCCACGAGGAAGAACUGACGAAUCUUAGGGAGGAACUGCAGAGGGAGAACUUUUUGAACACGGAGAACCUUCUUAACGAAGCUGCUGUUAGACACCAGAAGGCUUUGGAUGAGCUGCGGAUAAGCUGCGCAGAGCAGCUGGAUUUGUUACAAACAGAGAAGACGAGCUUUGCCUCGGAGCGAGAUGAACUUUUGCACCAGAUUUCAGGGCUCAAAGAGGAUCUGAAGCUCGCGUUGCACGGCCCUAAAGCAGACGAGCUUGUGCGCCAGCUCCAAGAGCUUCAGGUGGAACUCGAGGAACUCAGAACAGGAGCCCAGGAACGAGUUAAAAUGCAGGAGGAAAAUCAGUUGUUGUUGAAAAAAACUGAAGUGCUGGAAAACCAGACAAAAGAAAAAGAACAGUACUGGGAGGAGAAACUGAAGGAGCUCAAGUUAGAAAAGGAAACUCUGAUUGAGGCUAAAAACACUUUGGGAGAAGAGUUGGAAUCAAAAACUAAAAGAAUUGAGACACAGACAGUAGAGAACAAUCAAAUCCAGCAACAAGUGGCUGAGCUUUGUGAGGAAAUUGAAAGGCAGCGAACGACUUUUUCUUUCGCUGAGAAGAAUUUCGAGGUAAACUAUCAAGAGCUGAAGGAGGAAUACACUUGCCUCAUUGAGGCAAAGACGCAGCUGGAGGAGAGGACACGGAGGGACACRCUUGAGUUUGAGGCGAAAAUUGCACGUCUUCAAUUGCAGAUCCAAGAGCUCGAGGAGUGGGGCAGAAAUAUCAAAAUGGAGGAGGCGAAAACUGGAGACAAAGCUGUGACAGAAAAAGGUGCAGAGGAGCUGAUGGAGAAGCUUAAUGAUCUGAGUGAGAAGAGGAGCCUGGCUGAGAGGCUUUCUGAAGUUACAGGUCAGCUGAACUUUACUGAAAACAAAGUGGAACAGCUGGAAGACGACUUAAUACAGGUAAAACAAGAAAACACCAGGGUCAUUGCUGACAAUGAAAACCUGAGGAAGAAAUUGGAAAAGAUUAAAUGGGAGCAAAAGGGAGAGAAGGAAGCCCAGGAAGAAAGGCAAACUGUUGAGCCAGCUUGUUCUUUAGAGGAUCAUCGCCUUCAGAUUCAAUCUCUGCAAGAGGAGAUAAAGGCUCUUCAGUCCCUUCUGCAUGCAGCUGAAGCAGAAAGAGACAGAAUCCGUCAGACUCUGGAGCUCCACAGGCUCUCGCAGACCCCAUCUCCAGCAGCGGUGCGCUCCUCGGGGGAGGGGCCUGUCGAAGGGCGAUCCUCCCCGCACAAGUCGGCAGCCUCGGGGUCAAACAGACGCAAGAGACGGCAGAGGUCAAAGCAGGAGCGCCAGGCUGGCAGCGCUUCUUCAGACAGCAGGGAAGAAAAACAACGGGAGGAGCAAGCCAGAGCGAAAAGUGCUGCAGAGGAGGAGACGCUGCCUCAGAUGCAGAGCCAGGUUAUGUCAYGUUCACCAGAGAGGGCCGGUGAGGAGGACUCCGCUGACGGGUACCAGGGAGACRGAGGCUACAGCAGCAGAGCGGUGAAGAAGCAGGGRAUGGGCUGCCACACGGAGCGUGUCGCGUGUCAGAGAGCCGAACGGGCGGAGGAGACCCCUGAGCAUGACGAGUUCAGGCUACAGAUGGAAGCGCAGCGCCUCAGCCUGACUCAGAUCCACGCUGCUCAACUGGAGCUGCUCCAGGAAGAGACAGACGCCUGCACGCGCUCGUUGGAGCUGAAAAUCCAGCACCUGAGUGACCAAGGUGACCGGGAUGAACAAAAAAUCUUCAAAUACCAGAACGUGAUUGAAGCCGUGUCUGAAGAAUGCACCGAGAUCAUUCGGUCUUUUCAGAAGAUUUUUGGCAAAAAGGUUUUGGAGAGCGAUGAUGCAGCUACUUUGUCGCCCAUUUCAGAGGAAAGACCAGGAAGUAACGAAUCUUCGUCUAUUGUCCUGCAGGCCAGAGAUUUAUACAUAAAUCUUCAGCAGGUGAGGAUAAGUAUUGAACAUGAGCAUCAUCGACUUUCUCAUCUCCAGACUCUGCUGAGAUCUGAUGGAAACAAGAUAUCUGAACUACAGAAGGCCUACGAUGAACUGAAGACCAACAGUGAGAAGAAGAUCUCUGACCUGCAGAUGCAGCUUGACACAAGUUUUUCAUCAAACAAAGAUGCGAAGGAGCAAGUUGGGGCUUCUGCCUCCCCGUCGGACCUACAAAGGCUGAAGGCCGAGGCUCAGGAGAAGCUGCUUCUGCUGGAGGAGAGUCACCGACAGGAAAUGGAGCACCUCAGGGCUCAUUACCAACAGCAGGCUGCAGAGACGGAGGAGAGAAAUGCCACAGAUCUCUUUGUGCUGCAGCAGCGACUGCAGGAGGUCACAGGAGAUGAGACUUAUUACAGCCUAUCCAGUGCUGCCGAGUUCAGCUCUGAGACGACAGAGCAGCGCAGAGAGCAACUAAAGGACCCGAGCGUGGAGGAACUGUCAGAAGGAGGCGCGGGGUCGCGCUCGUCCGCCAGAUCUCCUGCCCUGACGGCGCAGCUGCAGGCGCUUCGRAAAGCACUGGAUCACAAGUACACCCAAGAAGUGGCCGCUCUCAGAGAGCAGCACUGCAGCGAGCUGAGGAGACUGACRGAAGAAAAGGAGCAGGAGAUGAGAAGACGAGAGCGUCGGGAGGACGGAGGAGAGAGGAAGCUGGACCUUAACGGUGCUUUCCGCGCUGGGAGCUCGGCGGAGAGCCUCGGGGARGAGAAACAUCAGCAGGAGAGAGUGGAGGAGGAAGUUGCUAAGGCCAUAGUUCAGAUGUCCGUGGAGUUCGCACAGCAGAGCGAGCUGGCUCGAAUCAACAAGCGUUCCCGCCAGACGAGCACUUCCAUGCAGACCCAGCUGGGUGACGAAGAGGUCGAAGACGGCGAGUCGACCUGUCAGACUCCAAGAGCUUCCCUGUCAGCAGGCGCCGGGCUGGAGGAGGWGGAGAGGCAAAGAUUGGAAAUGGUCCUGGAGGAGAAGAACGCUGAGAUCAGGAAGUUAAAGGAGGAGCUGCAGAAAACUGAACGUAGACAGGCUUUAAAGAAGACAGAUGAUGAUGACGGGGACGGUACACAUACAUCAGUAGCAGGAGGAUUCAAACUGUCAAUAGAUGAUGAGGACUCUUCUGAUAAAGAUACUGAAAGAAACCUGUUGCUUACAGCCAACAAGAAGCUCAGCCAGGUGCUUGUUGACGUCCUGAAGACAACUGCAGCUGCAGAGAAAACUUUAGGCCUCCACAUGCAAAGUUUGCGUGACACGUCUGCAGAAGUUCAGCCGUCUCCUUCCAGCAUGCAGAGAGAAAACACAGAAACUAAAAACCCUUAUUCCUCAGAAAGCUGCCAGAGCGGUGAAACUGGUGCAGACAACGUGAGCAUCUGGUCCGGGCAGUUUGAGGCUGACGAGAGCCUGGAGAUGUCCCAGCAGAUGAUGGACAGCCUGCUCCUGGGUGCAGAGCCACAGCUCAAGAACGAGGAAUAUUUCAUGGGCAUCAGCAGACGACUUCAGGCAGCUUUGGAGAAGAUGUUGAUCGCCAUCACUGACAUGACCGAACAGCUUGAACAUGCCCGGGUGACCCAGACUGAGCUGAUGCGAGAGUCCUUCCGCCACAACCAGGAGAUCAGCGAGCUGCUGCAGAAGCAGGAGGAGCUACAGGAGAGGCUGUCUGAGGAGGCUCGAGCCCGGGAGCAGCUCGCUCUGGAGCUCCACCGUGCUGAGGGUCUCAUAGAUGGCUACACGGGUGAACGGACUGCGCUGGAGGAGCAGCUACGCCAGACAGAAGAGCUCCAGCAGAGCCUCGAGCAAGAGCUGCAGGUAACAGGUAGCCGGCUGCACGAGCUGGAGCWGGAAAGACUUCAGAUGCUUGAGGAACGUGAGCUGCUGUCGCGACAACAGGACGCCAUGAGGGAGGAGGCUGGACCACGUGAACUUCGCCUAGUUGAAGCUGCAAUGGUUGCAGCACCUGAAGCAGACCUGCUGGAGGAAACGGAGAAGCUGAUGAAGGAGAAGGUGGAUGUCCAGCGUCAAGCAGAGAAGGAGAACACCGACCUCCUGAAGCAGGUGAAGCUACUGGAGGCGGAGCUGGAGGAGCAGGUCAACAGGGUGAUUGAGCUGGAGCAUGCUCAGAAGACGGAGAGCGGAGACCUCCAACAGCAGAUUCAAGCGCUGGAGAAGCAGCUGGAGAAGAACAGGAAGUUUCUGGACGAGCAAGCUGUGGACAGAGAGCACGAGAGGGACGUUUUCCAGCAGGAGAUCCAGAAGCUGGAGCAUCAGCUGAAGAGCCCACAGAAGCUUCAGAUUGGGUCUGAGCAAAGAAACCGAGAGGUGGAUCGAGUAGCCUUUAAGGUGGAGCAGCUGACCUCCCAGCUGAAGGAGAAGGCAGAUUGGUGCAGUGAGCUGCUGCUCAGCUCCGAGCAGCUGCGUCGUGAGCUCGGAGAGCGCGACGAGGAGAUUGAAAAGCUGGAGAGCCGCAUCCGCGAGCUGGAGCAGGCCCUGCUGGCCAGCGCUGAGUCUCUGGAGAAGGUUGAACCAAAAAACCAGCAUGAAUCCAUCACUGAGGCAAAGCACUCCACUCUGGAGGCUCAGUUACAAACGGAGAGAGAGGCUCUGGAGAGGAAAGAGAAAGAGAUCUGUAAUCUGGAGGAGCAGCUGGAGCAGUUCAGGGAGGAGCUGGAGAACAAGAGCGAGGAGGUGCAGCAGCUUCACAUGCAGCUGGAGAUCCAGAGGAAGGAGAUAAGCAGCCAGCAGCAGUAUCUGGAAACAAGGGACAGCAUGCUGCAGGUGAUGGAGGAGAAGGACAGGGAAAUAGCUCUUCUUAAUGAACAGAUCACUAAGCUUCAACACAUGGAAACAGCCUCUGAUAACAAGGAGUUUGAUGACAGGGAAGAAAUGAUAAAAGACUUGGAGUCCCAGGUAGAGUGUCUGCGGAGCGAACAGGAGCGCCUAAAGAGAAACAAAGAAGAAGAGCUCGAGCAGCUGAAUGAUGUCAUAGAGAAACUUCAGCAGGARCUCGCCAAUAUCGAGCAAAAACCGGCUGCAGAGGAAGAGGAGGACGCUAGAGUUGAAGUAGAAAGCGGUACGUGGGAGCCAACCAAAGAGGAGUACGGUGAAAUGAAGCAAAAGAUGGACCGAGCCACCAAAGAGCUGGAGACGCUGAGGACGGAGCACAGCAAGCUGCUGGACAGRUACCUGCUCUUGAAACAGAGCGCGGACGCUUUAGCCGAAACUGAAAACCUGGACAGCUCAGAGGAGCUCGAAGAAGCUCUGAGAGAGAAAACGGCAGCRCUUGUGGUUUUACAGGCAGAAGUUCAAGCUUUAGAGCAGAGUGCCUCGUCCAGAGUGGAGGAGUUAGGUCGAAAAAUUCAGGAGCUUGAAGAUUUGGUAGGUGAGAAAGACUCUGAGGUGAACCGCUGUCGACUUCUUGUGGAGCAAACACAAAGCUGUGCAGAUGAUCUUCAAGCAAAAGUCUACAAUCUGGAGGAAAACCURAGGGAAAACGUAGCUGCAGCACUGGUCAGCCAGGCUACGCUGGAGGCCUUCCAGCAGCAAUCUGAGGAAUCCAAACAUCAGCAGGAGCUGCAGAGGCUCCCCGCUCCACACGUCUUACAGUUCGCCGACUUCGGCAUCCCCCAACUGGACUUCAGCACAAUGGAUCAGGUGAAACGUUCACCAACAGGAAAGGUGGUUCACUUGACGCAGAAGCUUCGAGACCUGGAGGUUGGACUCAGCGGGAUGCAGAGAGACCAGGAGCUCCAGAAGCAGCUGCUCUCCAGCUCAGAGGAGGAGGUGCUGGAGUACGAGAGGAGGCUGGCCGUGCUCAUGGAGCUCCUCAGUCAGAUGAAGGCCGGGCCGGGCCAGAGGACCUCCUCAUCUGUGGAGAUCUCUUCUUCUGAGCAGUCAGCUGUGACGAAGCAUCAUCAGGAGCUGCAGGGGGUCAAAGAUGAAGUCAUCACCACCAAACAGCAGCUGGAGCUCUACAAGGAGAGCUGCAGCGGACUCGAGCAGGAGCUUCGAGACAAAACCGUGACCACGGAGAAACUUCAGGACCAACUUCAGAUGGUAUCGAAUGUUCAUGAAGGGACGACGACGGUGGAGCUUGAAGGAAAACUGAUGGAGGCUCAGAAUGAAGCAGCUUCCACCAAAGAGGAGUUGAACAGCUGCAAAGAACGACUGGAGAAACUUCAGGAGCUGCUGCAGGAGCGGGAAAUGACCAUUGCUCACCUCAAAGGAGAACUUUUCCAAGUUAAAGCUUCAGAAGACGGAGCUGACACGACAGAACUAAUCCAGGAGCUCGAGGAGGUCCAACGUGAUGCUGCUUCUGCCAGAGAAGAACUCGCCAGUUUCCAGGAGCGUAAUGAGAAACUGCAGGAGGACCUCCGAGCCCCGGAGAGCUCAGUUCUUAAACUCGAAGAGGAGCUCCAGGAGAUGAGAUGCAACGUGGACUCCACCAAAGAAGAACUCACCAGCUGUCGAGAGAGGAAUGAGAAGCUGCAAGAGGACCUCCAAGCCCGGGAGAGUCAGAUUUUAAAACUCGAAGAGGAGCUCCGGGAGGUGAGAAGCAGUGUGGACUCCACCAAAGACCUUGAUGGCUUCAAGCAGCAAAAUGAGAAACUUCUUGAGGACCUCCAAGCCCGGGAAAGUUCUGUUUUUAAACUUGAGGAGGAGCCCCAGGAGGUGAGGAGCAGAGUUGACACCUCCAAAGAAGAACUCGCCUGCUACCAGGAGCGUAAUGAGAAACUGCAGGAGGACCUCCAAGCUCGGGAGAGCUCAGUUUUUAAACUCGAAGAGGAGCUCCAGGAGGUGAGAAGCAACCUGGACACCUCCAAAGAAGAACUCACCAGCUAUCGAGAGAAGAAUGAAAAACUCCAGGAGGACCUCCAAGCCCGGGAAAGCUCAGUUUUUAAACUUGAAAAGGAGCUUCAGGAGGUGAGAAGCAGCGUGGACUCCACCAAUGUACUCGAUGGCUUCAAGCAGCAAAAUGAGAAACUUCUUGAGGACCUCCAAGCCCGGGAAAGUUCGAUACUUCAGCUCGAAGAGGCACUCAAGGAGMUGAGAAGCAAUGUGGACACCACCAAARAAGAACUUAAAAGCUAUAASCAGCAAAAUGAGAAACUUCUUGAAGACCUUCAAGCCCGGGAAAGUACCGUUUUUAAAUGCGAAGAACUCCAAGAACUGAGAAGCAAUGUGGACACCACCAAAGAAGAACUCAACAGCUGCAAACAGCAAAAUGAGAAACUUCUCGAGGAGCUGCACAGCCGGGAACUCUCCGUUUUAAAGCUUAAAGAGGAGCUUCAAGUUGUGCAAACAGCCUUGCUGAAAACAGCAGAAUCUGGUCCUCCAUCUUCCACUCCAUCUCCUUCCCCGUCUCCAUCUCCUCGCCUCUCCUCCUCCACCUCUUCCAUCUCAACCUCACAGCCCAAAAGAAAAGGCGCAAAGCCUCCAACUGCUAAGGGGGGCGGUUCCAAAGAUAAGCCACCUGUCUCUAAGAAAAGCUCUGCCUCUUCCAGCCGUUGGAACAGCAGCUCGGGUCAGCAGCACRUGGCUGUGACCCACUCAUUUACGCAGACCGAGCCUCUCCGAGAGCCGGACCUCCUCGCGGACGGCAAGUCCGCCACCAAAGACGAGCUGGAGGAAGUGAUCGGAGAGUUUCAGGAGAAGAUCGCGCAGAUGCAAGAGCUCCACGCGGCAGAAAUCCUCGACAUGGAGGCUCGGCACAUUUCUGAGAGCGAGAACCUCCGCAGGGACACUCAGGCUCUGGAGGAUGAAUGUAAAGCUAUGAAAGCUGUCAUCGACAAACUGUGCUCUGCCGAGGCUCCUCCGUCAAGACAAGAUCGUCCUGCGUUUAAAGAUGGAUACACCAGUGACAGCAGCUCAGACUACAGCCAGAGGACUGGAUAUGAUGUUCCCAGCUUGCAGCAGGAGUUCAGGACGACUCCAGAGGGGGCCAGGAGAGAAACAGAUGAUCCACUACCUGACAGGAUAAAGACGUUGCUCCGUGAGGUGCACCAGGAAGGCAUGCAGGUUCUGUCUUUGUCUGAGCCGGGCAGCCAGUUCAACGUCGAAGGCUGGGUGAAGGAGAGAGACGCCCUCCUGGCAACUGUGGAGUCUCUCAAAGGCCUCAUCACUCAGAUGCAGACACACAGCAAAGCACAGACGUCAGGCGGUGCGGACUGGCGUGCGGAGCUGCUGGAUGCAGUGCGGCAGGUUUUCCUGAGGGAGAGGAGCGUGCUGAAGAAUGCCCUGUACAGCCAGCUGGACCUGCUGGACACCAGCGAUGCUGUCGUUCACCUCAAUCAGCUGGAGCGCCGACUGGCAGAGCAGGACGCCCACCACAGAGAGGCCAUGAGUUUGCUUCACACAGCAGAAAGAUCAACUUUCAUCUCUGAGAUUCACCAACUCCGUCGUCAACUAGAGCACCUUCAUCCAAAUGCCCAGCCUKGCCUCACGGCUGCCGGUGAGCGCAGCUCGCAUGAGCUGAGGGAGAGAGCAGGAAGCGAUGGAGCAGAAGAGGGCGACAGGCUUCUCGUCGAGGAGCUGAAGGUGGAGCUUUCUCAGACUAAGCUGGAGCUGGAGACGACGCUCAAGGCCCAACACAAACACCUCAAAGAGCUGGACGCACUCAGGGCAGAAGUAUCCCAAAAGACUGCAGGGCUGGAUGCACUGAAUGACCAGCUGAUGGAAGAGAGGAAGAGGAGCAGAGAUCUUCAGUGGGCGGUGGAGAAGGAGAGGUGUCAAUCUGGAAGAACGGAGGAGAGCAAACGAGAGGAGCUGGAGGACCUGCAGCUGACUCUGGAGGAGCAGAAGGCUCACGUAGUCCAGCUGACCCAGACCCUGGAACAGGAGCGGCAGGCCUCCUCUCAGCUCUCCCAGAAAGCCCAACAGGACAAUCUGAGUCUCCAGAGACGUCUGCAGGAGCUCCAGGUCCAGCUGGAGACUGGGCGAGCCAAGGCCCUGGAGAUGAGCUCUGCUUUGGGAAGAGAGAGGGAGCUGCGGACCGGCCUCUCUUCCGAAAGCAACCCUCCUAACGAGGAGGGGCACCGUGAAGAGGAGGGAGGUCUGUUGGCAAAACUGCAGAGGGAGCUGGAUGAAAAAYAUUCACAGGUGGUGCACCUCCUCAGUCAGGUCGAAGCCCAGCGCCUCGAAGUAGUUCGAAGAGAAGAGGAGCUGACGCUGGCUAGUCAGAGAUCCAAACGAGACGAGGAGGCCCUCCUGGAGGCCCGGGCCCUGCUGGAAGUGCUGAGAGCACAACUGUCAGAGGUUCAAGAGCAGCUGAAGAAAGAGCUGGAGACAAGGACGAGACUGGAAGAGCGGCUGGACCAGUUAGGCCAAGAGAAGGAGAGUGGAGCUCCACAGGUUAACAAUCAGACUGCUGUUUGGCACAGUGAGUCGACUGACCGCACCAAAGACUGGGUGCUCCAGCAGAAGAGUGGGAGUGCUCAGUCGGCCAUAGUGUGUCCUCGUGUGGACGUUUCUCCAACAACACACACCGGCGGGCCACACCACGGGCCGUGGCGCACCGUCGAUAAGAUUGUGGGGAAACUCCACCUUAUCUCUUCCAAAAUUCACACUAUGACCAGCAAAACUCCUGGCAGGCCGACUGCAGAGGUAGACAGUGACGAGUUGUCAUGGAUCCAGUCCAGUGUUGAUGAGGUCAUYACUAUGCUACAGCAGUCCCCAGGUUUACCUUCUCUCCCAGAGAGUGUGCCCCUGCUGCCAGGAGGCUCCUCCAGCACCCUGACGGAGCGGCUGCUGAGGCAGAACGCCGAGCUGACGGGGUUUGUCAGCCGCCUGACCGAGGAAAAGAACGAUCUGAGGAACCACACGCUGCACUUGGAAGAAGAGCUGCGACGCUGUCGGCAGUCAGGACUGGGAUCAGGCGACGKCUCCAGCAGGAGAGGAGCGUCAAAGAUGGACUCUGCAGGUUUGAUACUUUCUCAGGAGCGGGAGUCCUGGACCCGAGAGAGGAUCCGACUGGAGAAAGCUUUGCGUCAGGCUCAGUCCCAGGUGGCACGUCUCACGGGAGAAGUCAGGUCCGAAACACUGCGAGAGAUAACUGGGCCUGAGGCUGACAACUCUGCACUAAAGAGGAUGUACGGGAGGUAUCUGAGGUCAGAAAGUUUCCGGAAAGCACUGAUCUACCAGAAGAAGUAUCUGCUGUUACUGCUGGGUGGUUUCCAGGAGUGUGAGGAGGCCACGCUGUCGCUCCUGUCCAGGAUGGGCGGCCGGCCUUCUCUCUCCAGCCUGGAGUCCUACAGCCAGCGCCGCCGGGGAUUAAUGCGCUUCCGCUCUGCCGUCCGAGUCUCUAUCGCCCUCUCCAGGAUGCGUUUCCUUGUGAAGCGGUGGCACAAGACGACGGGGCUGAGCUCCACGGCUUCCUGCGGCGUCAACAAGAACGGAGCAGGUUCUGACGUGAGGGAUUCACCGUAUCUUCACCCGAGCAGUGUGGAGGUGUACAGGGAAAGAGGAGGAGGAGGAGGCGUCUGCAGCGGAAGGGGGAGAAGUGGGCGUGAAUCCCCACGAUCAGGCGCCUCCUCUACACAACACAGGUUUCACCUGGCCGCAGACCACGGUCCUCUCACCUGUUCCCACCUCCAGAGCUAUGACCCCGACCGAGCGCUUACCGACUACAUCUCCAGACUGGAGGCUCUGCAGAGGAGGCUGGGCAGCGUCACAUCAGGUGCUUCUUCAUAUGCUCAAUUGCACUUUGGCUUGAGAAGAUAGAUGCUGACAAAUGACUUUGGCUUGAAGUAACUCAGUUGCCUUCUCUCGUGCUGAGCGCUCUGUUGUUUUCUAUCAUUCUGCUGUGGACUGUAUGUCUCCAUGUGGACCAAAACACAUUUUUUUAUUAGUGUACGACAUGAUGUAUUCAGGCUUUUUGUCGCCAGCACUUGGGGGAAAAAAAACAAAAAAGAAAACAGCUAUGUUUGUAAUUUAAUCUGCCUCUUUUUUGUGGAUGAUCUACAAUAAUGUAUAUUUGUCUAAUGCUAAUUUAAGGACUUUGUGAUUAAUUUAUAUGUUUGUGAUGAAUGGGUGGAGCGUUACAUUUGAGGAUGUUUGGGUUUAUUGUUCAGGAGGCUGCUACUGGAUCUUCUUCACUACACUGUGUUUUGUUAAGGCCGGAGAGACUACAGAAGACAUUUGUAGAGAACGUAUUUUUGUAAAGCGUAGGAGCUUUGAAAUUUUGGGGUAUUUUGUCAAAAACUGAAAUAAAGAGUACCACAUUAUUUGAAA